ACACACACACUAACACACAUAAACAGACUGGCGAUCAAAUGCAACGUGCUGCUGAUCAAUAAACUUUUGGCGCGCGCUCUCUCGCUCUCUCACACACACACACACACACACACACACACGCGCGUAACGCUCUCUUACACUCCAACGCAAACGCAAAAGCAAACACAACAAAAUGGCGUCCACGGCAGCGCCAACGCCAACGCUACCGCGUCAAAGCAGCAGCAGCAGCAGCGACGCGAUCGAUCGCAGCGAGCAGCUGGACAGCGAAACGAACGCCACGGAGCAGGCGCAAGCGGCUCAGCGGCAGCGCAGCGGGGGCACGCCGCCCAGAAAUACAACGACGCCACCCAGCGCCACAGAUAAGCCCAACACGCCGCCACCCACGCCGCUCGGCUCACCCAAUCCCGUGGGCAGCUCCUCGCCCGGCUCCACGUCCACGCAGCAGCAGCUGCCCCAACAGUUCUGCCUGCGCUGGAACAACUACCAGAGCAAUCUGACCACGAUCUUCGAUCAGCUGCUGCAGAACGAAUCCUUUGUGGACGUGACGCUCGCCUGCGACGGCCGCUCCAUGAAGGCCCACAAGAUGGUGCUCUCCGCCUGCUCGCCCUACUUCCAGACGCUGCUGGCGGAGACGCCCUGCCAGCAUCCGAUCGUCAUCAUGCGCGACGUCAACUGGUGCGAUCUGAAGGCCAUUGUGGAGUUCAUGUAUCGCGGCGAGAUCAACGUUAGCCAGGAUCAGAUUGGGCCGCUGCUGCGCAUAGCCGAGAUGCUCAAGGUGCGUGGCCUGGCCGAUGUCACCCACAUGGAGGAGCUCAACGCCGCUGCCGCAGAGGCAGCCGCGGAUACGGCCGCUGCCUCGCCGGCACAGGUUUCACCCAAGGACACGACGCGCGGCGCGGAGGAUCUCUUGGCCUUUAUGCAGCCGGAGAAGAAGCUGCGCACCAGCGCCGCCGCCGCCGCCUCCAGCGAUUGGGAUUGCGGCGAGCUGCGUCUCUCCCCACUCGAGCGCCAGCAGAGCCGCAAUGUGCGCAAGCGCCGCUGGCCCUCAACGGAUACCAUAUUCAAUCCACCCGCCAGCCCACUGAGCAGCCUCAUUGCCGCCGAGCGCCUGGAGCAGGAGCAAAAGGAGCGCGAGCGUCAGCGCGACUGCUCGCUCAUGACGCCGCCACCCAAGCCGCCCGGCAGCAGCACGCCGCGUCGCCUCACGCCCGCCGCAGUGCUCGAGUCGGCACUGCAGGGCCUGGAGAUGCCCUCACCUGCAACCACACCAGCGCCCAGCAUCAGCAGCAGUGCAGCAGCGGCAGCGGCUGCUGCUGCGCGUUGCUCACGCGCCUUGCCCCAAUCGCUGCCCAGUCCAAGUCCACAGCUGCAGCAGCAAGCGCAUCAUGCUGCCUCCGCUGGCGUUGGCGUCGGCGUCGGCGUACAUGCCGCCGCUGCCGAGGCGCGCUUUCCGCUUGGCAUGGAUCUACCACCGCCGCCACAUCAUCAUGGCGGUCCGUCGACUUCCGGUUCGCUGGCUGAUGAUCUGGAGAUCAAGCCGGGCAUAGCCGAGAUGAUACGCGAGGAAGAGCGGGCAAAAAUGAUGGAGAACUCGCACGCUUGGAUGGGCGCCACCGGUUCUACACUCGCAGACAGCUAUCAGUAUCAAUUGCAAUCGAUGUGGCAAAAAUGCUGGAACACCAAUCAGAAUCUCAUGCAUCAUAUGCGCUUCCGCGAACGUGGCCCGCUCAAGUCCUGGCGACCCGAAACUAUGGCCGAGGCCAUAUUCAGCGUACUCAAGGAGGGACUAUCACUUUCCCAGGCAGCGCGCAAAUAUGACAUACCCUACCCGACGUUUGUGCUCUAUGCCAACCGCGUGCACAAUAUGCUUGGUCCCUCAAUCGAUGGUGGCCCCGAUUUGAGGCCCAAGGGACGCGGACGACCGCAACGCAUUCUGCUGGGCAUUUGGCCAGACGAGCACAUCAAAGGCGUUAUCAAGACGGUGGUUUUCCGGGACAACAAAGACUUAAAAGACGACAGCCUUGCCGCGCAUAUGCCACCGUACGGUAGGCACUCGGACAUGUCAAUGAGUUAUCCUGGCGCUAGUGGCGGCAUGCCCGGUAGCGCACUAGCUUGUCCGAACGGCAUGGGCAGCGGUGGAGGCGGCGCUGGACCUGGAGGCGCUGCCAGCGGUGGCGCUGUGGGCGGCGAGCAGCAAAUGUCACAGGAGCAAAUGUCCGCUGUGGCUGCUGUAGCUCAUAAUAUUCGCCAGCAGAUGCAAAUGGCCGUAGCUGCGCAGCAUCAGCACGGGGAAGCGGGGCCGCCGCCGCCUGGGCUUUUUAAUCUGCCGCCACAUUUGGCGGGCGGACCAGGACGUGCCAGCAUAUCGCCCGCAUUGAGCAGCGGCUCAAACCCAUCGCUGGGUCCACGACAUGCGCCCUCGCCCUGCGGUCCCGCUGGCCUCUUGCCGAAUCUGCCGCCUAGCAUGGCUGUUGCACUGCAUCGUGAUCCCGCCGCCGCAGCGCUGCUUAGCCAGCAGCAGCAGCACCAUCUGCAACAGUUGCAGCUGCACCAGCAACAGCAGCAACAUGCGCUGCAUCAACAGCAGCAGGCAGCGGCAGCUGUUGCGGCGGCAGCGGUGCAUCCGCAUCAUAUGCAGCCGCACAAGUCCGGUUUCGGUGCUAGUUCCAUGCCUGCGGCCAGCGCCGCCUCAUCCGCAGUCCACCAACAGCAGCAGCAGCAGCAGCAGCAACAGCAACAACAUCAGCAGCAGCAGCAGCAGCAACAACAUUCACAUCAGCAACAGCUAAGCAUCUCAAAGUCUAAAAGUCCGCAUCGCAGCGUUACUCCCAGAUUGCACUCACCCCUAACCGAACUGGGACUGGACAUGGGCUACAAGCGUGACUACUCACCCACGCGACUCUUCGCCGACGAUCUUGCCGAGCUGGUGGGCGGCAGCAGCGGCGUAGGCAUCCCUUCUAUAUCGUCGACCACGACAUUGACCACCGCAACUCCAACGCCAACAGGAACUGGCAACGCAACGACGUCCAGUGCGGACAGCAUCAAGGUGGAGCCCAUUACUACCAGCAGCGAGUAGAGCGCGAGCGUCCAUGUCAAGUCCAUACAAUUAAACAAUCAAAACGCGUAAGCAAAAAUUGGAAAAUAUUUUGUAAUGUUAUUCUUUUAUAUUUAAAAUCGGUCGCCUACUUAAGUCCACUUAAAUUUAUUGUCUAGUUUUUAAUUUUAGCUUAACUACACUUAACUCUUUAAAGCGAAAUCAAAAUGAAAGUAUUAUUAUGUUAUAGCGCAUAAUUUUAAAUCAAACAAAUAGCGAUCUCUUUAAUUUUAAGCAAGCCCAAAAUAAUGCAGUCCCCUGGAACAUUCCACAAGCAAAUCCUAAAAACA